UUAUAAAAGCAGUUUGUUCUUCAACUUAAAUACCGAAGAUGGCAAAUGAUGUAAAUGUUGAUGUUUUGUUAAAAAAAUGAUUGAUGUGGAAAAAAUUAUGUGGUGUUGGGUGAUUUCAAUCUAUCUUCGGAAAUGAAAAGAUUUUCCUCAAUUAUGCUACAUGCCAGGUGAUUUUUGUGUGCAGCGUGUAGAUUAAACAGUUUCUUGACCUGCCCUACCCAGGGAUGAAGUCCGUGAGGAGCUUGGUUGUGUUCGGUUUGCUGUGUUGUCUGUCGGAGGCCCGACCUCAUGAAAAGAAACAUGGCACCCUAUACAAUGAUCCUGGCUACAUUGGGUAUUGGAGACCUCCAGCCAUGAACAAAAUCUACUACCCAGAAAUGGAAACACAGUCUGCGGAAACAAAGGGAGAAAAAUCUGUUGGGUCCAAACAACUUGAUAGCUUGAACUCUGGGAGAGUGGAAGAUGCUGUUCUACAAACAAGUACACAUAAAGUUGCAGAGAAAUCUACCAGUACUGCAGCUCCAAAGCACAAAACAGAGGCGCAGCACAUAUCUGUUACUGCAGCACCUGAGCACCAAGCACAAGAACAGCACAGUUCCAUAUCAACAAAAGCACCACAGCACCAGACAGACUUGAGCAGAAUUGUAGAAGAUACUCAGAACAAGGAUAAAAUGUCAGGGAAGGCAAAAGAUAUGAGUCCCAAGUCUAAAAUCACCAGUGUGAAACUGACUAUUCAAGAUGAGGGGUCCUCUUCCAAGUGGAACGAUCAGAUGACUGAAGUGAUUAAAGAAGUCUAUGGAGGAGAACUGCCAUAUUCUGAAAAUAAUAUUGUGUUAGAUGAUGAAAGUGGGAAAAAUGCUGAUAAGGCCAAUAAAGAGGAGGAAUUAGCUCCAUCAAGAGUUAAUCAGUCUCCUGACUUAAAUGAGCAAAUACCUGAAAAAUCCACACAGAAAUCCACCACAUUGAAAAUUAAAGAUAACUUAGAAACAAACACAGAGGAAGACUCCAUGCAGAAAGUUGUAAGAAAGAUACAAGAAACCAAAGUGGAACAAGCAGCAACAAAAACAAAACAAGAACCGACACCUAUGCCUACACUGACCCAUCAGAAGCAGGAGGGGAAGGAGUCAAAGGUCAAGGUUUCUUCCACUACAGCAGCGCCCUCUACACGCCCCAACCCCCCAACAACCCGACCCACCAGGGUGACCCCAGUGUCCGAGAGAAAGACUGAGCCAAAGCUCGUCCCUUCUAAACCCCAUGCCCCCUGUAAAACGGACAUUGACUGUAGAGCUGGCCGUGUGUGUCACGCGGGGUCCUGUGUCUGCGGGGAUGAGACCCUGUGCGCGAGACACACCCACCCUGUGUGUGGUUCCGACGGUAUUGUCUACCCCAGCCACUGUGAGCUCCACCGACAGGCCUGUCUACACCACAGACACAUCAAGGUGGACUCCGAGGGAACCGCCUGUGCCAAUCAGAACAAAAAUCCACCGACAACUGUGGCCACAAAAAAUAACACGCUGAUCAGAGGUGUGAGGUGCGAGUAUCGAAUUCAUGAGAAAACAGAAGGGGUACUCUGGGGUAAACCAGUUGUAACGACCAAGGCCAAUUCCUGGGACAGUUGCCUUGAUCGCUGUGAACAAAGGGAAAACUGCGUAGGAUUUGAAUAUGCAGCAGAGAACAGUCUGUGUGCUUUCUUUGAGAAUGGGCAGGACUUGAGCUUCUGGCCCAACCCUAAAAUGACAUUCUAUGAAGUUGUUCGCUGUAAACACACUCAGGAUGAUAGGAAGUGCAGCUAUGAACAGAUCAAAGUGAACUCAGACAACGUGUUCAUGAUGUGUGAUGUGUCGGUCAGUUUCAUACCUGACAUCGUGGGGUGCCAGGCUGCCUGCAAGGACUGUAAGGCCUUCACUUACCUCCAGGGGGCGUGUCAGGUGUAUCAUGAUGAGGUCUGCGUGAACAUGCUGAAUGAGCUGGGCAAGAACCACUUCAUCAAGCAUUGCCAUAACACAGAAACCAACUCUAGCUGUCACAUCCUGGAAGUGACCCCUGGCAGGUCACCGUACAUGUGCAGUAAGGCCACCAGUUCCCUGUCCACACUGCUUGACUGCCACGACACUUGUCUCAGGGGUCACUGUGAGGCGUUCAAAUUCCUGAAGGACAGCUUCUGUGAAAUCUACUUUGACAAGUCGUGUCUGGAGAUGCUGAAGAAGGGAAGGGAGAAUUACUAUGUCAAGAGAUGUGCCAAUCCCAAAGAUUGUUCCUACCACGAGGUCCAGCUACCAGCCAGCGUGCCCUGUGAGAUACGGUUGGACAAAAUGAGUUCUUUUCAGGACUGUCGUGAUGCGUGCAAGGACUGUACGGCCAUUAAGUACAACUACAGUACUGGCGAGUGUCACACCUAUCAUCAGGAGUCUUGUAUCACCCAGAAGUCUGUCAACUUCAUCAAGAGGGACUGUGGACAGACUCAAGACGUAAAAAGUACCCCAGAGCCCUUGCUUCUGCGAGUCAAGAGACCAGACAGCACCGUUAAACCUGCGAAACCUUUGACAUUAGAUAAUGAUGACAAGUCUGAAAUAGUCCUACCUUCUGAGACACCGGUGGACCAGACUGAGAAAGCACCAGAAAUCAAGGUCAGCCUGGAGAGAAUAAACCCCGGCCCCUCGAGCAGUAGUCAGGGAGAGGGGAAGGCUAAAGACCUCAGUCCCAAGAAGCUGAGGGACAGGGUGGAAGAGGCCAUGUUCUCAGAGCUGUGCUCCCUACAGGAGUACACCCAGAUGAAGGCGGAGGUCCUGAGGUACCACUGUGUGCGGUUCCAGGAGAAGGACUGCUCCCCCCAGGCACUGUACAGCAAAAAAGAUUAUCUAGCCUCCCUCAUGUUUAGUUACUAUGACAAGAACAUGGACAACACAAUUGUACGCGAUGAAAUCUGGGAGAUCUGGGUCACAGAACCGUUUCAGCGAAUGUUUGCAUCGUGCACCCUCAUGGACAUGUUUAGGUUUGAGAAUAUUCUGGAUGAUGAAAUUCAAGAGGGAGAGUUUCUCAAAGCCUUUGAUUUAAAGCCAGCUGCCUUUGAGGAGUCCUUCCAGGAGGUGCCGACAUUAGCCACGGUCGGUAAUGGACUCGAGCUGAGAUGUGGAAUUUCCCCAUCCUCAGAGAAUUCCCAUAUCAUCUGGAGCAGACAUAACACUGAUUUGGAGACCAUCAGUUUCCCAGGAAUAGCUGUCUUCUCCGAUGGCACCCUCUACUUUGAGAGUGUGGGCAUCCACCACAUUGGGAACUGGACAUGUUAUGACAAGUACAGGUCGGGAUUCAAGCAGGUCCACACACUGCAAAUCAACAUUCCCCCGUUCGUGAAGGUGUCCCCAUCCUCCAUGAUGUUACCUGUGAGCGGGGUGGACAUCUUCCUCCACUGUCAUGUGACAGGGAUUCCCCGCCCCACCAUCCAGUGGCAGUUCAAUGACAAGGUCAUCCCUGUGAGACCGGACCAUUACGCCAGAAUACAUGAAAAUGGUACUCUCAUCAUAAAAAGCUCAAACUACCAGCGUGAUUCAGGGGCUUAUAAAUGUCAAGCCAAAAAUGUAGCUGGCAACAGUGAAGACAUAGCCAUGGUGUACAUACAGAAACCAAAUCGAACAGAGAACCACUUGUAUAGCAAACAGAGUUCUCGGCAGGAGACGUUUUUCGUCUUCCAUCAGACAGGAUAUAGCGCCUACAACCCGAGUGGAUGUUACACCAAGCGGCAGGUUCACAGCAGCUUCGGACAUCUGAAGUACAUCCCUGAGGAACUGGAUGCUCCGAUUCAUCUGUGUGACCAGAGAAAGGACUGUAACUGGGGACCAUCGGUCAACGUCCAAAACAAGUUCCUGUACAUUGCUCAGCCAACCGAAAACCGGGUCGUGGUCAUUGAUGCGGUACAAACUAUGAACCCAGUCGAGUUUGUGAGGACGGACCUGUUUCCUGCCAAGUUGUAUUACGUAGAACAUCUUGAUGAGGUGUGGGUCUUGUGUUGGAACUCUGAUAAAAACACAGGAAGUAAAACCAUUGUUGUUAUUAAGGAGGCCAGCUCUGACACGCGCCACUCAAUGGUGCAUACCCAGCCUAUUGGAUACAAAUUUGACUUGGUACAGGACAUGUUCAUUCCUCCCAUCAGUGAACUUCAUCAGAACAUGAGGUAUGGCUACGUCGUCCACAGUGAACAACACAACCUGUUCAAGAUUGAGCUGGAGUCUAUGAGGUACACCAAGUCCCUGGAUCUAGAGAGCUUUGCCUGCCUCCCACAAGAAGUUGCAUUCAUACCACUAGGAGGACACAUUCUUGUUAAGUGCAAACCGACCAAUGGUCCCAGUGGUCCGAAGACGACCCAGAUUCUGAUUGACCUGAUCACAGACACACCUGUGUCCAACAUUACCCUGCCUGGGACCCCGUAUGUGUCACCUGACUCUGAGCAUGUUGUCAGUGUGGACAAAGAGAUGGGCAAGGUCCACAUUGCCAGGGUCAAGGAGAACGGGGAGAUAAGCAAGAUGACAGAGGUAACUGUAAGUUCAAAGGUCAGCGACGUGACCUUUUUUCCGUCCAAGGAUGGCCAUGGCUACAACAUUGUGAUGACAUCACAGGAACUUCCUGAGAUUUACUCUGUUCAACUAAACAAUGGGAAAAUCACAUCUCUCAAAGGUAUGGGUGAACCUCCAAAGAUGACCUUGAACCCCUUUACACCAGUGUCUCGUUCUGUUGUUGGGGGCGAUGUUUUCAGCAAGUACUUUGCCACACCCUCAAAAGACACCCUGAUGAUCCUGAAUGGACAAGACAUGUACAUAGACUGUCAGCUGUCUGGUCUGAAGAACCCAGACAAGGUAGCCUACAAUGUGGCCUCCGUAGCGUGAUGGACUAUUUCAUAAUGUCAUUGAUAAGGGGUCAUCUCAAAAGUUUGAAACUCAUCAGAUGAGUUCAUGAUGUUAUGAUGUGGUUUUCUUGUUUUCGUAGAAGACCUUUUUUUUUUGAGAAUUGUUAUUGAUGUUUGGUGCAGAAUUGAUUUUUUAAAUGAAACUACCAUUUAACUGUCACUUGAAGUGUGUUAUAAGUUUGACAUCCUUCUUAUGAAUUUGUAAUUUUGUUUGAUUUGUUGUACCAAAUAGAUGAACAUAUGUGAGGAAUUGCAAGAGCCUGAUGUGAAUUAUGAUGCUUUUGUUGACAUGAUUUAAAUACUUAAGAGGUCCAUCAAUUAGUGGAUAAUACUUAAAGUGUAAUAUACUUAUGUUUGCUGAUAUGUUAAAAUCAUAUAAUAGAUUUUUUUAUACCUUUGAUUCGUUUGAUUAAAGUAAAGAUAAAAUGACAAACAAGCUUUGAAUGUAUGUCCAAUGUAGAUGUGCUUAAGCUAGACCAAGAACUUACAUAAAAUGAUGUAGUGCAAGGAACAGCUGAGUAUUACUGCUGUGUACCUGUGUGUGUGUCGGUCUGUUAUUGUCAUUGCUACAUGGUUACAGUGGGCCAGAAAUUUACUGAAAAGAAAACAAAUAAACAGAAAUUAAGAUUUUUCAAUUAAUGAAGUGUAUUUGACAUACAGAAACAGAAUGUUAAAUGGGAAUCUGACCAUGUAAUGAGGGAGGUUAGGACCACAUUUUGUUUCCAUCUGUGUUGUACCUUAGGGUCCUCUUUAAUGUGCUUGCUAUAACUUAAACAUAUGAUACAUCAUUUUUUCUGUUUUUCAAACCUAUUUUUGAAGAGGUGCUUUUGAAAUAAAAGUUCCAAGAAUAAUAUCAUUGUCAUCAAUGGUAUAGUGCUUUGUUGUUACAGAAUUUAAUAGUGAAAGUUUUUACAUGGUAGGUUAUGGUCAGGCACCAAUAAAAAAGAAUUCUGUAGUUAUACUUGUUUAACAUGUAACUCUGACACUAAUCACUCCUUGGAUUAUUUUACUCUGGUAGAUUAACAAUAUUUAAGCAAUAUACAUGUCCAUUGUCUUGUGAUUUAUUUUUUUCAGCAUUAAUCAUGUUUUUAUAAUUUUAUUUUGUGAUUUUACUUAUUUUCUUUUGUAUUUUAUACUCUUUUACAUUUAUCUUUAUGGGUUUUAUUACAUUCCAUUAUACAAUAUGUAAAAUUAGACCAGAUUUUUUUUUUAGCUUUCUUAAAUCUGAACAUUCUACUCUGAAGUUAUUAGGUUUUAGUUACCCAGUAUUUAAGACCACAUAAUACAAGCAGGCUUAAUGAGAUAUUGCAUACAUGUAGGAGAAAAAAUUGUUUAAUUAACUGUCUAAUUUUUAUGUAAUCCAUAGUGUACCUGAGAGGGAAUAGUUAACAGUGCUGCAUUUAUGUGUACAGACUUGUCCUUAAUGUUUGUUGAUGUUCUUUUAAUUUCUACCCGUCAUAUACAGGUGUUCGUUAUAAUGUGGUGUUCAACCAGUCCAAUUCCGCUUUGCAAGUGCUGAGUGAUUUCUUUGUUGAUUACAUAUAUAUACAUUCCUUACAACUGUUUGAUUUUUGCCAUAUGCCUUUUACUGGGAAAUAAAGUUUUUGUGAUUUU